UGUAGGUGUUUAUCCUCGCACCAUGACCUCAAGUCCGCUAUACAAGCGCUUAAACUGGACCUUUCGAGGACAUGGGACGCAUGAGGUGAUCCCAGCAAAUGCCCAUGUAACGGCGUAGCGCGCUCUGAAAUGAAUCGAGUGUCACCUUCAGGUCGUCUUGCUUUCAAUCCUCAUCGUAUCGACAUGGUCCGCUAAACAAAUGAUGGACGGACGAUUAAUCAUGCGUGUGCAUCCCUGAGCAAAGGUCCUCCUACUCUGGGAAGUGUUGCUUCACGGUCUGCACCUCUUUUAUAUAGCCCUUCGUCUCUGACAUCGAGAUCUUGCCACUGCGCCCUUUCCUUCCCGCUGUGAUUCGCGAUAGCACCACAAUGGCUUCCGCAUCUACUACUCCUGGAGUUCCCAUCAUUCCGAGAGAACACCUCACAAGGGUGAAGGAAUACGCGGUAGCUGUGGGAGGCUAUGGACAAGUGUUUCAGUGCGUCAUGCGGCCGCCAGCGGCUCCAGAGGUUUUGGUGGCUGUCAAGAUGCUAAUGCAUCUUACCGGUGAUGCUCCCAAGAAGGUUGAUCUUCACUUCAAAUUUCUCACAUACAACUUCGUUGCUGAAGUCCGCCUCCAGCGUGCGCGUCGUGAGAUAAAAUUAUGGAUGGCAGCGAGACACGAGAACAUUGUCCCUAUGCUCGGUAUCACGAAGGGAUUUUCCGAAGAAAGCUUCGCUAUGGUCUCUCCCUGGAUGGAAGGGGGGACACUUGCACAAUAUCUCGAACGCCAUAAAGGAAACAUCCCUUGCAGGAAAAAAUUGACUUUGAUGAAGGACAUUGCUAGCGGCUUGGCAUAUCUACACUCUCGUCAGAUUGUCCAUGGAGACCUCACAACUAAUAAUAUUAUGCUCGAUGACAAUGAAAGGGCGUUGUUGAUCGACUUCGGGUUAUCAAACAUGCUUGGGGAUAGUAGCCUCUCGCUCCCUGCAGCACGACCAGGGGCGGUGAGAUUUGCUGCACCGGAACUGCUGGGCGUGGAAGAGGCGACAAGCCAACCUACUGGAGGGGAUCCACAGGCGCCUCUCGACUGUUGUCGUCUUGCCAAGAAGCUUACUGACUACGUGAAAGGUCCUCACGGAACAGAAGCCAUGGUAUUACCUCCAUGA